AUGUCAGGUUGUAACACUAAAUUGUGUACUAGAAGACGGCUAUGAACGACCACAUGUCAGCUGUUAUACUUAAAUUGUGAACUAGACGACAGCUAUGAACGACCACAUGUCAGCUGUUAUCCUUAAGUUGUGAACUAGAAGACGGCUAUGAAAGACCACAUGUCAGCUGUUAUACUUAAGUUGUGUACUAGAAGACGGCUAUGAACGACCACAUGUCAGGUUGUAACACUAAAUUGUGAACUAGAAGACGGCCAUGAACGACCACAUGUCAGCUGUUAUACGUAAGUUGUGAACUAGAAGACGGCUAUGAACAACCACAUGUCAGCUGUUAUACUUAAGUUGUGUACUAGAAGACGGCUAUGAACGACCACAUGCCAGGUUGUAACACUAAAUUGUGAACUAGAAGACGGCUAUGAACGACCACAUGUCAGCUGUUAUACUUAAGUUGUGAAAUGGACUUGAAGUUCAAGUCAUGGAAACGUGCAAAUAUAACAAACCUUUUUCUUGUUGUUCUUCAUGCUCUUGGUGAGGUUGUCAUUCUACGUGGUCCUAAAGGGGUAUUUUAGUUGUGGGUGGAUAGUUGUGUAUUUCAGUUGUGAAAUGGAAGUCUUUAUUGGGGGGAAGGUAUUGGUUUAUAGUGGGUGAUCAGGUUUAUGGAGGUAUAUACCUGUAUAUAAGUAUGGUUGUCAAUAGAAACAGUGUAACUAAGUAUUUAAAUGUUGGAGAGAAUAUUUUUUCUACAUGAAGGUUAUGAAUAAAUGUGAGGAGUGAUAUUUGAUUACUGAUUCAGUAUGCUAUUUUGAUAGAAAUUCAUCAUUUAUCUGUGGCAAGAUUUGCAAGGACAAAUAUUUCAUAAAUAGAUGUAGGAUGUAUAUAUGAAGGUCAAGAUAAAAGACUGAAAUCUGAAAGUGGACAUGACAAUUGUUAGGGUUUUGGAAGUCAAAGUGAUAAUUGCAAAAUUAAAAUUUAUUAGGUCAAGGUGAGAAUUGUUCGGAAGAAUUCUGAAAGAUCGAAAGUGUAACUGGGGUACAUUUCUCAAAGGUCGGAGUUUAACUGGGGUACAUUUCUCAAAGGUUGAAGUGUAACUGGGGUACAUUUCUCAAAGGUCGAAGUGUAACUGGGGUACAUUUCUCAAAGGUCGAAGUGUAACUGGGGUACAUUUUACUUCAGGCACAAUAUACAACACACGAUGGAUUUGGACUGAUUUAACAUGGAAUCAUUUUACUGAAUGUGAAACUUUUCAAUUUCAUCUGUGGGCACAGAACAGCAUAUAAUUUGCAAAAUCUGCCAUUAUUUGGAGUGCAAUAUGGGAGUUUUACCAGGCAGAACAAAUUAAAUAAAAUUUUGGACAAGCUUGACGAAUGGCAGAUAAGAAAUUGGUAGAAUUCUGAUGUUGACAAAUUGCCCAGAGAUUCAAUCAAUAACGUGAAUGAGUUCUAUCAAUGUAUCGACUCCUCGACAUGAAGACUACAUCUUUUUAGGGGAAUGGAUGAAAAACCCAGUUAUUUUUGAAAACCAUCAACUGCAAGGAAUUUCUGCACAUGACAAAGUGCUAGACUAAUUAUGUUAGCCCAGGAAAAAGUUGGAAAUAAUUUCAGUAUAUUCAAAGAAACCUCCAUUCCAAGUGUGUCAACAGAAUUUCAUUUGCAGAGAAGAGUAAUUUAAUAAACUUGACAGAGUUUCGGUGUGUAGAAAAACAGAGAAAGAAAAUGGAGUGGAAGCCACUGCCGAGUAACAGAACUGUGAUGUGCCGUGAUGAUAAUAGAAAAGAAAGCUGGUGAUGACGUAGAAUUGACUUGGAGAAUUUCUGAGUAGACUGGUUUUUUUUGGCGAAGAGUCGUCAAGUCUCGAUGAUUAGUGUUAUGAAAUAACAAAAACAUUCUCACAUUUGAAGAGAAAGAGGCGGACAGUCUAGUGUUUUAUUUACGAUUUGUUGUAGACAUUGUACAUGGAUAAGGAAGGAAAUUACAGUUGUUAGAGGAUGAUAGACCAAUGUUAUUAAUUGAAGUUAACAUCUUACGCAUAUGAAUAGAGGGAGUGAUGAUGUACAAGUUUGUGGGCGGGGAAUGAGUUGGGAACCUUACACAUCAACAUGUGUAAUACCAGUCACUGUUACUGAUCAAUGGACAGACUAUGUAGGUACUUACAGGGGCCAAUCACUUGUCUUCAUCUCUGUGUUUACACACUUAGCGUUAUUGUAAGUCAUUGUGUGGGUUGCCAUGGUUUUGCGUUUUUUUAUGUGGUAGGGACGCAUUCUCUUCGUUAACUCGGUGGAGGAAGCGUGAUUCUACUGUAGAAAUAUGUGGCAGUGAUUGUAUACUUGAUAUGUUUCUUUACUGCGUUCUAACUUAUGGAGUUUCACCAGAAAUAAUUUUUGGAUUAUGAGAUAACUAUAAACAUUUCAGCAUAUUUACUUGAUGAUUCUGUAUAGAUUUUAAUGUUACAUAACAGUAAAUAGCUGUUCUUCCUUUCCACUGAAAUCUCUAAUAAUUCAGUUUUAUGAAUAUUUUGUAAUGUUCAUACAAUCACAUAAUUUUGAAGGAUUUUUUUUCUCCCAAACCUUUAAGCUAAAACGAUAUUUUCAAAUAAGGUAAAGAAGAUAUGGUGAUUAAAAUAUUGAAUUACUUUAUGGCCAUAGCAAUAUAAGAAAUAACGUCGGUUUAAUGUUUCUAAUUUUACCAAAGAUUUGUCCUCUCAAAAGGUCUACUUCCUCACAAUCAAUUUAGACUUGUGGAAGUGCCUUUAUCUUCCAUUCACAAUUUUAUUUCAAAAUUCUAAUUAGACCAGUACCACACUCAGUAUUAUUGAAGGUCUCUUGACCACACUUUGGGUGUUUCAGAUAACAUGAGAUGACUUGGUCAGUUAGUUUAAAAGUUUUGGAUGUUGUGUGUCGAUGAACACUGGUAAUACAACAUUUAGGCAAAAUUCUUUGGGUAUGUUUUGAGCAGGAAUCAAAAUAUCCACUGCCAAUGAAUUGAAAUAUGAGAUAUCCUUAUUCUUAAAACUUUGUAGACUCCCCUAUCUGUAGUGUUUACCGAGUUUAGAUGUUUAAUAGUCAUUCUUCAACCUCAUAGUAUCCCUUUCUAUCACAUAUAAUCCUUAUAUCUGAGUGGAGAAAAUCUACCCCAAUUGACACCCCAGUCAAAGUGAGAUGAUGAGAUAGAGGAUGAAACCCCCUCUGUCUUCACUGCUCGGUGGAGUUUGAUUUGGGAUUCCGCCCUAUCCUUCCCCUCCCUGUGCUAGGAUUACAGUGUUCGCCAGAGAUCAUAUGUGCAUGUUUCAUAGGUAACAGCCAUUUGGAGCUGGUCCAGGGGGGGUCCUUGGGGGAACUAAGACAGGUAUCCUAGAGAGCUGUCAGGUUUACGGGGUUCUCCAAGGGGGGCAUUGAUACAUGCAUUAAAUGUAGUAUUCUGAACCUUUCUGAAGAUAUUUUUUGUGAUUUGAAGUUCAUGAAAAGUUCGAAGUAUGAAUAUAUAAUUAUGUAAUGGAAUUGAAGAAAGUUAUUUGUGCAAGACAAAAAAGUGAAAUCCAUUCUAUUGAAUACAUUUCUGUUUUACAUCAACAAUUUCAGAAACAAUAAUUAGAAUCGUCUGUGUGAUGAAAAUAACACCAAAAUAGGGAAUGAAAGUCUCACAAAGUUGAAUAUUUAACAUUGCAUACUCAUAAGACACUGAUGAAGCACAACUGUAAUGAUAGUUCCUCUUAUGUGAGAUCAUAUAAAAUGUACAAGAGCUUAGGAUCAGAUGGUAAUCAUUAUAUGUGAGCAGGAUCUACAGAAGUUUGUACCAAGUGAUAACAGAGAUGUAGAGGUCUGUGGUGGCCCUGAUCAAUAUGGAGGUUAUAUAACUUGUGGUGUUUUGAAACUAUACCCUUGCCUUGCCCAGCCUGUUCUGAUGCAUGUAAUUGGUACCAGGGGGUGUUAAUGACCCCCUAGGAGUCCCCUACUGACCUCCCCCCCCCCUGACACCCCCUGGGGACCCUCUGGGGAACCCCUGACAACCAGUAGCUGAUGAUGCUGAAGUGGUGCAGAGAUAGGGAGUGUGCUAUUUAUAGCCUGGGAUGGUGAGGAGUCUGUGUUGUACUGUGUUGGGAGGAGGAUUACAUACUUUUACCUUGCUGGGGCCAACAUCCUCCCACUGAACACAGUGAGGGCUACUGUCACCCUGUAUCACCCUUCUACAAGACAUUUCGGAUAUAACUUUCUGCCAGUGACUUUGGUACUUUCUACCUGUUUCUCCAGAAGUUUCUACAACUUUUGUGGAGUUUGAGCAGCCCUGACUGUUUCGUGUGCUUGGGAGUGUAAACCCUCCUCCCCUGUAUAUAUAUUUGUGUGUGUGUAUGGCCUACCAGCCUGCCUGUAAAACCUCUUGAACCUAUUUACGGUACAGCAGUAACAUACAGCAGUAACAUCGACUCCAGCAUCACUGGGAACUUGUCCUCAGUUUUGUACUGGCCCAGUUGGAUUUAGUUGGACGUGUGAACUGGGAUUAACAGUCCUCUGUAGAUCUCUGGUGUUCCAACUCGACCCGAGUGGAAUAAUUCAACUGUGUCUGCUCCCCUUGUUAACCACAGCAUUGUUUAGAAUAUUUCUCCUAAUUUUUUUUUUACUUUUUCUAAAUUUGCGAGUAAGAACCGGAAAUAGUUGGAAUAUUUUGUUGUGGUAAGAAUUUGCUUGUGUGAGGAUUAAGAAGAGUGGAAUCGUUGGAGGUUUUAGCUGUGAUAGAACUGAUGGUGUGUCUGAGAUGCGAGUGGAUGCCCUUAAUCAGACAGGUAUAAGGGAAUGGGCCGCUAUGCCUACCACACAAACCCUGUCAGGAGCGUCCAGUUCGUCUGGCCUCAAUGGGUCCGUGACCAAUAACAAGUUUGGCUAUAGUAACUGCAAACAGGACAAUGACUAUCAGAAUAUCGCGGAUGAAAGUGAGGCUGGUCCGAGAGUUGUGGACGAUGAGGAAGGCCAUCUGAUCUAUCAGCCGGGCGAUGUCCUUCAAGCACGAUAUGAAAUUGUUUCCACCCUAGGGGAGGGUACAUUUGGAAAGGUGGUGGAGGUCAAGGACAUGCAAAGGAAUUCAGAACGGUUAGCAUUGAAGAUCAUAAAAAACAUUGAGAAGUAUCGAGAGGCUGCUAAGCUGGAGAUUAACGUCCUGGAGAAACUCCGAGCCAAGGACCCUGAUGGACAGUUCCCCUGUGUCAACACGAUAGAGUGGUUCGACUACCAUGGACAUGUCUGUAUAGCAUUUGAAAUGCUAGGUCUCAGUGUCUUCGACUUUCUGAAGGACAACCACUACAUACCUUACCCUAUAGAAAGUGUCAGACACAUGGCCUUCCAGCUGUGUUACGCUGUCAACUUUUUACACGAGAAUCAGCUGACCCACACAGAUCUGAAACCAGAGAACAUUCUGUUUGUUAAUUCAGAUGCAGACGUCACCUUCAACCCACGCAAGAAAAGAGAUGAGUUUGUGGUGAAGAGCACAGACAUUCGUCUGAUUGACUUCGGAUCUGCCACGUUUGACCAUGAACACCAUAGCACUAUUGUAUCAACGCGUCACUAUCGGGCACCGGAGGUCAUCUUAGAGUUGGGCUGGUCACAACCCUGUGAUGUGUGGAGUGUGGGCUGUAUUAUCUUUGAGCUAUACACUGGCUACACGCUCUUCCAGACACAUGAUAAUAAAGAGCAUCUAGCAAUGAUGGAGCGGAUAUUGGGAUCUCUGCCCUACCGAAUGGUGAAAAAGACAAAAACAAAUAAUUUCUGGCACGGCCGCCUAGAGUGGGACCAUGCGUCGUCUGCCGGGCGCUAUGUGAGAGAGAACUGUCGGCCUCUGUAUCAUUAUUUACGAGACAAGGGGCCGGAACAUCGGCAAUUGAUUGAACUGACUGAGAUGAUGCUCGAGUACAUCCCAGAGGAACGCAUAACAUUACGAGAAGCCAUGAACCAUCCCUUCUUUGCUCCAUGCCGGAAAUAUUAUGCAAACCGUUAUCCUCUGGACGCACUGGCAGAGAAGGAAAAAUCCUCUCCUCUACCAGAUGGAAAGAUGGCAGAGCUCACAGUCCCAGCGAAUGGAUCAGAGAGGGAAUCUUCUGAGCGCAGGUCAAGAUCUGCCGCCAAAUCUCGGGAAGAUUCUGGAGAAAUGAACCACGGUGAUGAGGCAGCACAGAACCAUCAAAGUACAAGUUCUAGUCAAGAGACGGCACAGAAUACAGCAAAAGUUGAACAAACAGUAGAAGAAAAUGUUCCCAAGGUUAUAGAAAAAGUUCCUGAGGUGACUGAAAAAGGUCCUGAGGUGAUUGAAAAAGUUCCCAAGAAAGAGAAAACUCCAAUUAAGGUACAGCCAGAAAAAACAAGUGGAUAUAUAACUUAUAAGGAAAGGAAAAGAAAGGCUGCAGAAGCACAAGCAAAAAUGUCUCCUCCCAAGGAUCCCAACAAGCCACGAUCCUGGCGUCUCAAACUUGAGAUGGAAAUGGCAAACGAGAAAGAGAAAUCCAAGAACGAAGAUAAUGUCUCCAAUCCACCUGAGGAGGCAAGUUCAAAGAUAGAUGUUGCCAUGGCACCUGAGCCAGAAGUGCUCAGCAUCAAAGCAUGGAGACAGAAGAAGGAGUUGGAGGUUGCUGAACCAGAGCAUUUAGAACUAGAACUACCUAAGAAGGAAAAAGAGGUGGUACCUGCUACCGAGCAACCAAAGUCAUAUGAUGCCUUCAGUCGUAGGAGGUCAUGGCGACAGAGAAUGGAGGAGGAGAACAUGGAGGAAGAACAGCCAACUCAGGUAGAGGAGAAAGUUUCAGAACCCCAGCAACCUUCACCUGAAAGGUUACAGGUCAAACCCACAUCUCCGUCACAGAUGGACAAAGGGUCAGCUAUCAGAACCUGGCGUCAGAUGUUCGGAUCUGAAGACAGGAACUCGCACAAGGAUGAACCCAGUACACAUCACAAGUUAGAAAAACCUGUUAGCUUUGAUAGUUUCGAUGAAUCGACUAGCAGAAAGACAUCCAUUUCGGAGCGAGGUGAAUCACCUGGAUUCGACCCAGAAGAGACAGUGGCUGAACGUCUACAACGUCGACGGAGAGAGCGGGGAGGAGGGGAUCGCAGGAAGUCUGGACAUGUUCCGUGGGAGGAAGAACCAGAGGCAGAGCCAGCCACUAAAAAGGAAGAGAAACAACUGUCAGCAUACCAACUGCUCAAACUAGCUCUGGCUAAGCCUAUAUCUACAGAUAGGUCUAAGUCCGAACUCAAUCACCAGCAGAAAGCAGAACCGGAGGGACCCGUCAAAGGGCCAAUACAUGAUCUCAAAGCGGAGGUGGCUGAAAGGUCAAGGUCAGAGCCAGAGAAGAUUCCAGUUGAAAAGAAGGAGAAGCAGUUAGAAAAUGAUCCACUUAAGUUGUUACUAAGCCAGACCUUCACACCUGCCACCUUCAUGCAUUCGAAACAGCACCAGCCAAUCAGCCCAAUUGUAGAGGUUCCAUCCUCUGCUGAGGCCCCCGACACUGCCUGCAGCCAAUCAGGAGCCAGUGCUUUUCCAUUCGAAAACAAUCCAAACAACAUUCAAAGAGAAAGUGAGACAAAUGCUGUAUGUGAAACUGAAAAGAAUUGUUCAGUGGGAGGAGUUGCUAAUGUAGAACAGGGUUCCAGCCAGACAGAGUCGGACAAAGAAUUACAGCAAGGUUUUUUAUCCCAAGGUGCUGACUGUGAGCAGGAGGCAGUCAGAGACACCGUCGAAACCAUUGUAGAGAUGAAUCCUGCAGGACCUGUGAUAUCAGUGGUCAUCCCCGAGCCAGUCAUUGUAGUGACCAAUCCCAGUCCAGUAAUCGCAGUUACCGACCCAACAACCGACACAGUGACCGUAGUACUAGAGCAGUCAGCUGCAAUGGUGUACGAUCCCACUGACGUAAGUAAUAUGGUUACCUUGCCGACACAAACCAUGGUACUGGAGCCAUCCCCCAUACAGAAACCGCCCAUUGUGGCCUACACUGCUGUUCUCUCAGAUGCCCCCUUGGACAGCGACACUCAGGCUAAAGUUGAGGAGGCCCAGGUCAAAGCACAGAAGAAAACUGCCAAACGUGCACACAGGAAACGGAGCAAGAAGCAAGCAACCUCACAAGAUCAGUGUUUUUUAUCUGAAGUGGGCCUCGACCCUGAUCCCGAUCCAAAUGCUGCAGAAGAUGAGCUGGUGCUACAUCAACCGCCUCGGGUUCAUGCUUCUCCUUUGCCUUCUGGGAUUGCUGUUAGUAAUAUAUUCAUAGGGAAGGGCGCGACCAGUCCUGUGAUCAGUGACCUCGACUCACCCUCCUUUCCAGAUCCCAAAACCAUUCAGAAUAUUCAUAGGACUAAUUCAGGGGGAGGUAACUCGAGUGCUAACGAUUGUUUGUCAGCCAUAUUGCCUUCUGGUUGUGAUAACACAGUUGAACGCGAUCCGGUCUUUGCAGCGCAAGCACCGGAUAGAGGCAGCCAAUCAAAUCCAUCCAAUGGAACAGAGACUCUAUGACAAUGACCACAUAUAGAAGCGGUACCUUAGAGACCCCGAAAACCCUGAUCAUCGCGACUUGUUUGAUCUCAUCAAUCAGAUGCUUGAAUACGACCCUACUGAAAGACUAACCCUCAAGCAGGCCAUGAUACAUCGCGUCUUUGACAAAUAUCAAGUUAAACCAGAAGGAGAGACAUCAAAAGAUGGUGACCGGGAACGCUCUCACAGCCUCAGCAGAUGAAUCCUACUGUGACAAGAGUUAUAUUGACCAAGAAUAUCCUGUAACCGUUACCGUACCUACCGUGCGUGAAUCCUCGUCCACGGUUUACACAGCAGUGCUGGUGUGAUGCCUAUGGUCACGGUUGACUGAACACACUAAACUGUUACCAUAUAGAAUCUGCUGGUAUGAUUCGUGUCGGUGGUAAGCUGGAUGUGUGUUUCAUCGGCUAAGAUAAUCUCUCCCUGCAUGCGACAGAUUCCUGGCAGGAAUAGCAAGCAUUGAUUCGAAAGAAAAUUGCCAGUUGUCCAUGAUGGCUGGUAAGGUGAGAAUAGGGCUUUAAUACCUGACUUGUGUUUGCUAUGAAGACCAACAAUGGUCGGAAGUUUGAUAUGUGGAAUGGAUCACUCUAUGCCUGCUAGUAACAGGUACAGCAGCUGUGUGAGGGUACGUAAGGUAUUGAGGCUAGGACUGAAAUACCUAGACCAUGGAUCCAUAGUCUCCUGGUUUAGUAUGUAUCGAUAGUUGAGAUGUUUUGGUCUUUGUCUGUACGAGUGCCAAUGACAGGACGGGAGAACGAAGGACAGAAUUUGCCAGACCCUAUAGGUGUGAAAAGCCUCGGAAGUGUGAGAUGUGUGAAGAAUUGAGUGACAAACAGACUGCCCCUUCUUAUAAAAAAUGUGCAAUAUAUAUCGUGUAUACUGGUAUCGGAGAGACAUGCUUGCAAACAUGGGAUGCAUUAAUGGCUGUGAGCAAUUGUCUUUGCCUGCUGCCAUAGUGACAUGCAUUUAGGUACGUAAUUGUCACAGAAUGGCGAGGCAAGAGGGACGGAAUGUUUAUGAAGUAGAUGUGUAUCAAUGCUGUACGCCAACAAGAUGUAAACUAAUGUUUACUGCAAGGUCGCAGUAGUGUUCAACAUUAUUUGUUACAACGUCUAUAUUUGCGAUAUUUGAUAUAGGUGAGGUUGUAGCUGAGCAAUAAUGAGAUAAUACCUGCAUGUCACUGUAACUAUAAAUAUGACUAGUCGCUAUGGUUGCGUUGGUGAUUAUUCUCGGAUGCAAAUCGUGCUAGGAUUGUCCCUUGUCUGUCGUUCCUCUACUUACAAAUGCUGUGUGCUGUGAUGUUCACCGAUUUUAAAGCUGGAUCAGAUUAGCUUUUGAAACUUCAUCAUUUUUUUUUUAAAAUGUACGUUUUAUUGAAUGUUUUGUUGUAAGUCAUAAGGUCAUCUAAAAUCUUUGUGAUGUUGACGAAAAAUCUUCAAAAUCAAAACAAGCUGUCAGAAAUUGUUUUUUCGUCAUUUCAGCAUUUUCUGUGAAAGAAGUGACAAAAUCACGACUCCCAGUGAGAGAGAUUUGAAAAAAAUAGAUUUGAGAGUAUCAAAAUAAGACUUUUAAUGGCAAAAUGUUUCAAAUUAUAUGUUUGUUGUACAUUGUGAGUAAUAUCCUGCUACAGUGAAGGUCAAGCUCAGUUAAUUUAUUACCAUGUUCACUGUUCCACCCAAUCUUAUCACUGCCUCCUUUUGUAUACUCUUACGGUAGUCUUUUGCACAAGGAAUAAUACUCAUAACUCUUAACAAACCACAACAACUUCUUCAAAGCGUUUGUAUUUUAAAUAAGUUCAGGUGAAUGGCAGACAGCCUAGCGAUCAUGACUUUCCCUAGUAAAUUAGACCAGACUUGCUGAAUCUUGAUCUUGUGUAAUAUAUGUGAUGUUAAGCUAUUUCAUGGUAUAAAGUAUCAAUAGGUUUUGUAAAAGUACACAUGCAUUUAUUAAAUGUUAGACUCUCCAGAAAAUUAUAGCAAUAUUUUAAUGAUAUAAAAUCAAAUGUGAAUUUAUUCUUUUAACAUUUUACAGUCACAUUUUUUUAACAAAUUUCUGAAAGAAAAAAGCAUUUUUAUGAUAUAAUGGACUGAAAAUAUUCAAUUUUAGUUAAGUUAGAUACACUUAUAUAACAUUGUCUGUUCAUCAGUGAAUCUAAUGCUAAUUCAUAAAACAUUAAUCAACCAGUACACAUGUAAACCAGUACCUCAUUGGUUGAAUCUAACACUCAAUAUAUGAACCAUGAUCUGAUUGGUUGAAUACUAGUACAGUAUAUAUGUAAACCUUGAUUUGAUUGGAUGCAUAUGAAUCCCAGCACAACGUUUUUUCAAUCCAUCACUUUAUACAAUAUACAUUUGAAGUUAUUGCACACGGUCACGUAGUAUGUGUAUUUAUGUGAGGCCCAGAAGGGGACUGUAUUAUGUGAGGCCCAGAAGGGGGUUGUAUUAUGUUAGGCCCCAGUAAGGUUGUGUUGGGGCCUCACAGAGUCAGGUUAAUGUUUGUUGUAUAUUUCACUCCAGGGGUAGAAACACACGGAACUAAUUUAUUGGUGCUAUUCAAUCUGCAUGCUAUCAUCAUGUACAUAACUUCAUAAUAUGUGCAAAUUAAAUGUGUGUAUAAAUAAAACUGUUUCAUUGCCCACCAA